GGAUCAGCCGAUGGGACAAUUUAAUACAGUUUAGGUAAACAAAGUGGAAGGCUUGAAAAACUUUAACAUUUGAGAUCAACUUCUUUCUUUUGCGGCAGUCAACUGUGAAAAUACUGGUACGACUUUGUUGCCGCACCUCUUUUAUACUUGCUUUGUGCUUUACAAAUUAUACUCCCAGAACUUCAUUUUUGUACUUGAUUGUUUUCUACCAUGGCAUCGAGUGAAGAGCUUAGCGGACUCAAUACAAAUUAUCAUGAACCAAAGAAAGGCUCUCCCUGCUUGACUAUCUAUGAGCUCUAUCAAGUCGAACAGUAUGAAGCACAGGAGUUAUUCGAGUUUGAACAAUAUGUCAAAAUCAUUCGAUUUGCUGAAGCUGUGUGCUCUGGUACUCAUCCUCGAUUUGGCGUUUUUCCUCAAUCUGACCCUAGAGCGCACAUGACGGGCGCGGAAGCUUCUAUGGAGGUGGAUGUUGAGUUUAAAAAUAAUGGCUUUGAAGAGCUCAAAACUACGACAGGAUUGAACUCCAUGCCAAAAGCAGGCAAAAAUACGAGAGAAAAGGGAUACGCUGAACAGAGUAUAAUCAGCGCAGAGGAUUUGCAUGGAGCUCGGUAUAUUCAUGAUCCAGACAUGGACUGUUAUGAGAUAUUAUCGUUGGAUUCAUCUGCCUCGAUUGAGGACAUAAAGAAGGCAUACUCUGAAUUGAGACGGAUUCAUAAUUCAGAGUCCGACGAAGGAAAAACGAAAUGGCGCGGAAAAGAAGCGACAAUAUCACAAGAUAUGAAACAAAAUUGGAACAACAUCGAGCGUGCAUUCAUUAUACUAUCGGAUCACGAAAGGAAGUGGAGCUACGAUAUUGAUAGAGAGCUGCGCCUGAAGGGCUUUGAGCGAAAAAACAAAAAGCCGGAUGAGUCGCUAGCACAAAUCCAGUUCGCUGCCUUUCGCGAGGAAGUAGUUCGUUCAAUAGGAGCGCCUCAUUUUGACGACCCCCCCGAGCCAUAUAACGAAGAUUUCUUCAAAAGUGUCACCAAAGGCAUUGUCGUCGAGGAGAAAGACACACAACAAAUUUCGAAGGAAACUUUUUCUUCGAAAUACGACCCUUUCGCGAUCGAUUUAGAUUAUAGUUAUUAA